AUGGUAGAGAAAAGACGCACCCAGGAGAGCAGACGUAAAGGUCCGACUCGACUGCAGUGAUGACACAUUUAUCGCCGAGGCUCGAAAACUUUGGCGCCAGGGUUUUGUGUCUCGGAUACGAACAAGGAAACAUCUCUCGAACAUUUUGACUUUUCGUCAGCUCCUCCUGCUGAGAAACCAAAGUCUGGCUUCCAUUCCGGAUGCCAGGGUCACGCCUGCGGAACUUGGCACUGCCACGCUGAGUACGCCGCGGGCGUCGGCAUCCACGAGGGCCAACGAGGGACGGCCAAGCACAAAGCCCGAGCCCAGCAAAACGAUUGUGAGCGCCAGAGAGCGCCAGCUGCAGGCGUCUGCUCCAGCCGGCCCGUUCACCUGAUCAGUGAUCGCCUCCUGCUGCCCUUCGCACGACGACGACGACCUUCCAAUUCGCACCUUACAGCCGCUGAAAACAACAAGUCAUCCACCAUGGCAAGUCAUCCCCUUGCGCGCGCCCCUCGAGUGGGAACACGUUGCACCUGCGCGCUGUCCCCACCCCAAGGUCUGACGCGCCGGUCGGCUGGCUGUCGAGUCUCGACGGGCGCGCUGUACGGUGCUCGGCCUGGGCGAGACGACGCGGACCACCUCGACUGACUGGCUCGCAACCCACGCAAACUGCAGGGAAAAUCACAAUCCAAGUUGUCGCCUGAGGACCUCAAGGACCUGCAAAAGAACACCUAUUGUCAGUCGAAGCCUUGCCUCGUCGUACUUCCCUGGUGCUGGCCUGGCAAGAACCGCUCCCCCACGUCGUCAUUGGGUCAUCCCAAGCUCGCGAGUCCAGCCCGUCCAGCCCGUCCAGCCCGUCCGCGGCGUGCCCCAGGCUCUGUACUCGCCAGAUCGGAACGUCGAUCAGGCGUUCAUGAUCCGAGGAGAUCGUGCCAUUAUCAUACAUCCGGUGCUGACUGCGCGUGCCCCCCCCCCACCUCGCCUUGGACGCGGGCUCCACUUCAUGCUUUUGAUCUCUACAGUCGACAAGAAGGAGUUGCAGCAAUGGUGAGUGCUCCAACGAUUCGCACCUAGAUCCGAGAGACCGCGCGCUCACUGUUUCUUCGCAAACCCACCAUCAGGUACAAGGGCUUCGUCAAGGAUUGCCCUUCGGGCGUCCUCAACCAGGACGAGUUUGCGCGUAUCUACAAGCAGUUCUUCCCCUUUGGCAACCCCAAGGCGUUCGCCGAGCACGUCUUCAAAGUAUUUGGUUAGUUCACAUCUCGUCUCUUCGAUGAACGCUCGCCAGUAGGGCUGUAGAGGCCGAUCUGACCAUUUCCCGAACUGGCGCCGGCUGCUUACGAGCAGACAAGAACAACAACGGCACGAUCGACUUUCGAGAAUUCAUCUGUGCUCUCUCCAUCACGUCCCGAGGCCAGCUCGACGAAAAGCUCCAAUGUAAGCAGACCUGUCUCCUACGCGCCACCCUGGACCCCUCGUCUGACUUUGGCUCUCUCUUUCAAUGACUUCAGGGGCAUUCCAGUUGUACGACAUUAACAGUGAUGGUACCAUCACGUACGACGAGAUGCUCAAGAUUGUCACUGCCAUUUACGACAUGACCGGCGAGAGUGAGUUUCCCUUCACUAUCGCACGUCCCACUUUUUUUGUGGCGCAGCUGCUAAUGUGUCCGUGCAUCGAUCUGUCUUUGUAGUGGUCAAGCUGCCGCCUGACGAGGAUACCCCUACCAAGGUCAGUUGUCCGCACACCGGUGCAGUACACUUUGCUUGGCUCUCAGAAGGCUGACUCCGAUCUGGUCCACAGCGAGUCGACAAAAUCUUCCGCCUUAUGGAUCUCAACCACGACCAUCAGGUACGUCUUGUGCGAUCGCGAUCGAAAUGCUCUCGUGCAACACGGUCUGACCCCACCUCACCCACUUGCGCGUGCCACGCAGCUUACAUUUGAGGAGUUCAAGGAAGGAAGCAAGAAGGACCCCACAAUCGUCCAGGUGAGGCCCGAGUGAACCCUAUCUACGCUUGACAUCUUGACAGCGCUGACACGACGGUUCGUUUUGAUCCCACCGCCAGGCCUUGUCGCUCUAUGACGGACUCGUAUAA